UUCCCCCCCUUUCUCCUCCAGGUAACGCAGAUGACCUUCGCACGCACCUUGGGCCUACAGAGGAUGCUCUGGCCAAUUUCUAUGGCUCUUUUGGCCUCUUGCGUGCAGACAGCCAUGGGAGCGGAUGGAGGCUUGAAGGUCCAAGUGACCCAGAAGGGGCUGAAUUAUGUAAAGGAACUUGGAAUCGAGAUGUUGAAGUCAGCGCUGAAGAAGGAAACGUUCCACGACAUAAAUGGUUCUUACACUGUUCCGCUUGCUGGGAAAGUGCGGUAUUCUGUUUCUGGGAUCCAGGUCACCGAAUUCCAGGUGAACCAGGCAGGCGCUGAGUUUGCUGCUGGGACGGGUGUCGACCUUUCCGUCCAAGAUGCCAACGUCUUGAUGAGUGGUAACUGGACGUUGGCAUCCUUUUUAGGAGAUGACAGCGGCACUGUUGACAUCAGCAUCGACCGGCUCACCAUCUCUACUAUCAUGGGAGUGGACAGGGGCGAUGAAGGACGGCUUCGGGUGUGGUAUGAAAGCUGCCGUUCUGCCAUGGGGGACUUCGGGUUGAAAUUCUACGGGGGAACCAGCUGGCUGUACAACAUUGCAGCAUCUGCUCUCAGAGACAUGCUGAAGUCAGAAGUCAAUCAACAACUCUGUUCAGAGGUCAAGAAAGGAAUCGGCAAGAUUGCAGAAAUCCUGAAAACCAUGAAUGUCUCGGCCCAAUUGGACCCCAUUGCAGGGAUAGACUAUUCCUUGGUGGAGAAGCCCGUGAUUGAUGUGGAUCGAUGCAAUGUGGACCUGAAGGGUCAGUUCUACACGGUGGGAAAGACCCUCCACGACGGCCCCUUCCACCCUGCCCCCUUCCUCUUACCCAACCAGACAGACUCCAUGAUCCUCCUGGGUAUCUCUGAACUCGUCGCCAACUCAGCUGCCUUUGUGUACUACACUGCAGGGGCGCUCAGGGUGAACUACACAGAUGCCAUGGUCCCCCAAAGUUUGCCUUUGCGUCUGAACACCAAGAAUGUGGGGAUAUUUGUACCAGAGCUGAACGAGCGCUUUCCAAAUAUGCCCAUGGAGUUCCACCUGGCUGCCCAAAAGGAACCUGAGAUACGCUUCCAGCCCACUGGAGUGGAGGUCACGCUCUUUGCAUCUGCAGAGGCCUUCGUCAUCCUCCCGAAUGCCAGCCUGGCCUCCGUGUUCCUGCUGAAUAUUGAUGCCAACCUCACGGGACAACCCCUUCUUAAGCCAGGGAAGUCUGGGAAGUCCCUUGGCUAUGCCGGGGCUUUGGUGGCCCUGAAAAAGUUGCGCCUGUCCAAGGAAUGGUCCAAGGUUGGCGAGAUCAGGGUGACUGUUUUGGAGACGCUGCUGAAGGCGGCCAGCAACUUGGGGAUGUCAAGUCUCAACACUUUGCCCUGA